CAUAAGUCAGUCGUCAGUCGAGACAGUCAAACCAAACAUCGUCGUAAUGUCGGGAGAAUACUUGAUUGUAUUGUUUAUUUAUCUGCAUUCCUGAACAAAACAUUGCAUUAUGACAAAAACUAUCUCUCAGUUUUAGCCGGUUAUCGACAUCAUUUGGCAGUCGCGCCCGAGAAUAAUAGUGAAACUUGACGUAUCUCUAUCCAAAGUAUUUGUUAAAAUGUGAUUGUUGCUCGCUUUUGGCUUGGUGCCACGGGAUUAAUGGGUGUUUUAACAGAAAUAGGCGCAAUGAGAUGCGUGGUGGUCGUGCUGGCGAUGUGGUGGGGCUGUGCGGCGGGCUGCCCGUCGCUGUGCUCGUGCCGCGGGGCGUUGCGCGCGGACGGCGAGGCGCCGCCGACGCCCGGGGAGCCGCUGCGGCUGCGCUGCGGCGGCCCGCCGGCGCUCAUCUCCGAGCUCAAGGAGGUUGACUUCACGGACAUCACUGGCUCUGUUGUUAGCUUGAACAUGUCUGGCAAUGCCAUCAGCACUCUGUCCCGGGACCUGCACUUACCCAACCUGCAGAAACUAGACCUGAGUCGCAACCAGAUCAGCCUGAUUGAGUCUGACGCAUUCUACAACAUCACGGGCGUGUCGCGGCUGGACCUGUCGCACAACCAGAUCAGCGCUGUCUCCAGUGAGAUGUUCAAGGGGCUCGUGAACCUCGAGCGGCUGUACCUCAACCACAACCUGCUCACCACCCUCGCGCCCGGCACCUUCCACCACCUCCUCGCCUUGAAGCAGCUAGACAUAACGGAGAACCGGCUGGUGUGCGACUGCGCGCUGGUGUGGGUGGGCGCGUGGGUGCGCGCGAGCGGCGUGCGGCUGCAGGGCGGGCCGCGCUGCGCGGCGCCGGCGGCGCUGGCCGGGCGCGCGCUGCGCAAGCUGCGCGUGCUGCUGGACCUGGCGGCCUGCGGCGCGCCGCCGCCCGCCGCGCUGCUCGCCGCGCCCGCCCGCGACCAGCUGGUGUUCGAGGGCGACGCGCUCACCUUGACCUGCAGUGCGCCCUUCGCCUCGGCCCUGCACGGAUACGAGCUGAGGUGGCACCAUCCGUCGCUGGAAACCUGCGACGUCAACAUAACCAGUACGGACGUUUUAGAGGAGGGCGUCGCGGAGACCGCGGCCUUCUUCCCGAAUAUAACGACCCACCACGCCGGGGACUGGACGUGCGUGUACGUCGACGACGGUCGGGGACGCCACAAUAGGACUAUCAGAGUGACGGUGUUAUCGAACGCUACGCGUUAUUGUGCCACCGACGUGAGCGUGGACAAUAAGGGUUUAUAUUCGUGGCCGCAAGUGUUGUUGAACCACACGGCGGAGGUCCCGUGCCGGGCCGGCGCGGGCGUGGCCACUCGGCCGUGCGGGGCCGAGGGUGCGUGGUUGAACGCUAACACAUCUCAGUGCGCGUAUAUCAGCAACGUCACCAAACUCCUUCAGCAGUUUGCACUGCUGGACCUGGGCCUGGUGCAGUACUCGGCCGUGAACGCGACGGAGCGGCUGGCAGCGCUGAUUAGGGAGAACACGUACCCGCUGGCGCUGGUGGACGACCCGGACGACGUGAUGUUUGUGGCGCGCGCCGUCGACAACUACAUGCACUACGUCGACGACGAGCCAGACCUGGGUUCAGCCUUGUUGGACGUGAUCAGCGCCGUUAUGAACGUGACGCCCUCGGUGAUGGCCGCCGCUGAGGAUAAGCAUGGCGCUUGCACGGAACUCGUGCGCGCCGCGGAACUACUGGCGCCCAGACACAACAACAAGCAGAAGAGCAACCUCGCAGUGGAGAGUUUCCCGGUGCGCGCGGGGUUCGGCGGAGCGACCUGCGCCUGGUACAGCGCGGCCGCGGGUUCCACUCCGCGCCUGCACUGCACCACCACCAACCGCACCGUCGCCCGCAUGCUGACCUUCCACGACGCGCUCAUCCACGCCAGCGUGCAGGUCAGUCCACAGGGCGCGGGUUCCACUCCGCGCCUGCACUGCACCACCACCAACCGCACCGUCGCCCGCAUGCUGACCUUCCAGGACGCGCUCAUCCACGCCAGCGUGCAGGUCAGUCCACAGGGCGCGGGUUCCACUCCGCGCCUGCACUGCACCACCACCAACCGCACCGUCGCCCGCAUGCUGACCUUCCAGGACGCGCUCAUCCACGCCAGCGUGCAGAUCCCCGCGUCGCUUCAGUUCGCGCUGGCGCGCGGCUCGGCGGCGUCGCUGGUGGUGUCCGUGUUCCUCGACGCGGCGCUGUUCCCGCUGCUCCCAGAGGAUGAACCCAGCGACGAGCACCGGGCCAAGGACUACUAUGGCCGCAGCACCAAGCGCCAGGACAUGAACAUGGAGAUCACCUCGCCCGUGGUGUCCGUGCAGCUGCACAACGGCAGCCUGUCGAGCGCGCUGAUCGAGCCGGUGAUCUUCACGCUGCGCGCGGCGGGCUGCGGCGCGGCGGCGCGCUGCGCGCUGUGGGACCCCGCCACCAAGAGGUGGCAGCACAACUCUACCGAGUGCGCGGUGCUGCACGUGUCGGGCUGCACGUGGGUGGUGGCGCUGCCGGCGCCGGGCGUGGUGGCGCUGCUGGCGCGCGCCGAGCGCGGGUACUACGGCGCGCGCACGCACGGCGCGCGCUUCAAGGUGUCGCACCCCGCCGUGUACGUGGGCUCGCUGGUGCUGGGCGGCUGCCUGGCCGCCGCCGCCACCACGUACGCGGCCGCCUUCCCCGCGCUGCUCAUGCCGCGCCGCGCCAAGCACGCGCUGCUCAACACCUGGCUCGCGCAGGCCGCGCUGUGCUUCCUCUACACGCUCGGCAUCUACCAGACCGAGGACGUGCGCCUCUGCCGCGCGCUCGGCCUGCUCAUACACUACCUGUCCCUCUGCUGUCUCCUCUGGAUGUGCGUGUCGGCGCACGUCAUGUACAAGUGGGUGACGCGCCGCGAGCGGCCGCCGCCGGACGAGCCGCCGGACGCGCCGGUCCGGAAACCGGUUCUCGGGCUGUACUUGUCCGGCUGGGGCAUCGCGCUGAUAGUUUGCGGGAUAUCCGGGGCGGUCAACUUGAAAGACUACGCGGGCUACGCGCAAUGUUUCUUGAGUACGGCGGCCGCUUUGACCGCUCUGCUCGUGCCGGGGGGUAUAUUACUGCUAUUCCUGAGUGCCCUGUUCCUGCUGAUCAGGUGUACCAUUCGUGAUGUAAACGUCCAACUGUCCGAAGGCACGCAGGCGACGGAGCACGUGGAUUUAGAGUUGUGGGAGCCGCAGCCGGAGGCGGAGCGACGGAGUAUCAAAUCCGAGGCGGAGUCUGAGACGGAGGACACGGAGCAUACUCCUAUAGUACAGUUACGCGCCCAGGCUAUAGUUCUCGGCCUGCAUUUAGCCGCCUGGGGUAGCGGCGCUGUUGCCGUAUACAGACCUUUGCCCGCCUAUCUUCCAUACCAAGAGGACAUUUGCAGCAUAGUGUACGCCAUCUGCGCGACGGUGUUGGGCACUUUUACGCUGUUCUUCUACGGCAUAGCUCGGAGCGACGUGCGCGCGCAGUGGUCCAUGAUGCACUGCUACUUGCAGAAGAGCAAACAGUGCUGUAGAAACCGGAGCGUGUUCGACUCCAAUCGGCAAAACUUACCGCCGAGCGCGCCGCCCGUCCCUCUGACGAUCCCUAAUGACAACCGGUCCAGAUCCGGCAGUAGGAGUUCCAACAGAACUAAUUCCAAAACUAAUAAUAGCGCUAUUUACAAAGCGGGCGCCGAGCUGAACGGUCAGACUCUGCAGAAAGACGUGCUAAAGAACACGAACGGGAAAUCUCCAAAUAUUAAUUUGGUCGUGCUGCACCGGCAGCAGUACCGCUCCAACAACUCCAUGCUGACGUGCCCCGAAACCGCCAGCGUCGGCCCCGAGGCUUUCUACAACCCCAACCAGAUGAACGUCGCCAAGAAGUUCUUCAAGAAGCAGCGGCAGAACAUGAAGCGAAACUGCCUCGAGUUACCGAUGAGGCGAGACUUCGACAACGACUCCCACGUUUCACUCCCGCUACCCUCGAGGGAGGCCUACGGCGUCGCCAACAUCAUCAACUCCGGCUCCAAAGUCAACAACACCAACAUACACGUAGAACGACCCAACGGGAUAAAGGAGCCGCGGCACGCCAACAACCCGAACCUGCUCGACGAGGACGCCGACUACAAGAGCUACUCCACCGACCGCAAGUCGUGGGCCGACAACGACAAGGUCAUGAACAUCUACACCAACGUGCCCGAGACGCGAGUCCCCACCCACACGCACCACGUGGUCGGCAGGGAGCCCGACACGCGCACGGUCUCGCAACAGUGCAGCCUCGAGUACAGCUCGGCCAGCGAGCUGGCGCCGCACUCCGCCUCCGACCGCACGCUCGACACCUCGCCCACCGAGCUCACCGAGCCGCCCGAGCCCAGCGCCGCCGCCGAGACCACCGACACGGACUCCUUCGGCCUCUACGUGGACUGCCGCCGCGCCGACCCCGACCCCGCGACCAAAUCCCUGCACGACAUCUCCGAGGAGGGCACCAUGCGCAGCGACGACGCCGCCCGCUCCGCCUCCCCGCCCGACGGGGAGGGGCGCGGCUCCGGCGAGGCGGACGGCCUCCUCCCGGACCCCGAGGCCCCGAAAGAGUUCAAAACGUACGACUUCGAGACGUGCAGCACGAACGCGAGCUCGCACGGCGAGAACGAGAGCGACAUCUACUGCCCCAACUACCAGGUGUCGGAGGUCAGCAUCCGCAGCCACGGGCUGUACGCGCCCUCGCCCUCCUCCAUGUGCCCCGGCGCCGGCGACAUCAGCUUCAGCGCCGAGGACGUCAGCCACGCCGAGAGCCAGUACGUGAACUUCGACCCCGGCUGGCGGAGCGAGGCGGACGGGGGCCGCGACAGCCGCGCGUCGCUCGCUCGCUCGCUGGACGAGCUGUACACGCAGAUCACGGCGCGGCGGGCGGGCGCGGCGCCGGACGCGGCGCCGGACGCGCUGGACUGCACGGCGCACAGCGACGUCACGCUGCGCCCGGACAGCGCCGGGCUCAGCGACGCCGACUCCGGCCGCACCGCCACCCUCGAGGGCACGCUGGUGUGACGACUGACUAUUUUAUGACCGACGCAAGGUUUUAAUUGUUCUAAUACUUAAUUUUUAUUACGUCCUAUUUUAUUUGUUUAUAAUAGUAGGACAUGUCGUAGAUGUAAAUAUGACAAACGCGGACUGAUAAUAGAUUUUAUUUAAUCGACGCUUCAACCUUCCGGGCUGACUGACAUCAUGCCUCGUCGACGCCUGACGUGGUACAGAACUGCUGUGUAUAUUUACACAAUAUAAGAAAAUCUUGCCGAAGUUGUAGUGACAUUGAUAUGAUGACGGUGAGCUCGGGAAAAAUUAAUCUUAUUUACUACUUUGCAAAAAGAGCUAACUUAAAUAGUGCCAUUAAUAUAAGUUUUAUAUAAUGUUAGGCUAAGUUGUACAUUUGUAAUUGUAAAUUAAUUUAUUGCUAAGGUUACUAGCGAGUGUCGCGACAUAUCCGCGAGUGGAACCCGGAUCUUGUUUGUAUCCGAAAUAAAUUGCCAGCGACAUUAGUGUAUGUCGCAAUGUCGCUGUACUAUAUUCAACAAACGAGCAAGUCCUUCCACUCGGGGCAUGCCGCGACGAGCCCACACUAUGACGUUGACGAUGUUUUUUACCCAGCCUAAGUAUGUGCCAAACGACGUAUUGGAAUGUUAUCCUUGCAACCUAUUCUAAAGGUCGAAUCUUCCAUAUCUAUGAUGUAUGUGUGAACGAGGCAGCGCCGGACUGCGCAGGCUCCCGAUGCUCGGCCACGGGUGACUGGGUUUGUAUGUACAUACUAGGUUUUGUACGUACGCGAUGUACUUGUGAUUAAAAUACAGGCCGGAGAUUGUUGAACCUAUAGUAUAAAAUCUCUAAGAAUGAACUUUUGACACUUGAGUAUUGACGUAAUUAGUGAUGGGGCUAAGACAUAUCGUGUGUCAAAUUUAGCGAAUUGUUCGAAUCUAUUUUACUACAACAGAUUUUUUCUUGUUAUAUGCCUAUAUAUUUAGUAUCACAAAUCUUCUCAAAUUAAUAAUUGUUGUCUACUAAUUAUGUAUGACAUUAUAAUAUUUCCAUAAUUAAUACAAUAUAUUUAUAUUGCUACAUAAUCGGUUUUUAUCGACUUACGGAAAUAUUACAUGAAUCGGAACAGCAGACAUGGUCACAACACUAAAAAAAAAAAAAAAGACGUAGACAGUAACUGUUUGCAUUCUAAAUUAUUAUCGUAAAAUAUUCAAUAACUAAGAUAUGAAGAAAUGUAACAUUCAUUAAGUUAUGUUUAUGAAAAGUGAAAUAUUGUGUUUACGUACAUGACAAGGUGUAAUAUCGUUAUGGGAUUUGGUUUAUAAUUUCAAAGCGUCUUGCGCGUUUACGUUCUACGGGCGUGGCGAUGUGUCAUAAAUUCAUUCUUAGAGAUUUUAGACGAUAAACUAACGAGUAGCUCUGGGUUGUGUCAGAGAUAUAAAAGUAUUCUUUUGUGUAAGUUUCUAAUCAUUAUUUAUCACUAUUACUUAUAAUAUUUUUUAAACAGCUUGGGUACGGUGGCAGAUGUCAUCUUUAUACAAUUUGUAAUCUUAAAACGCAAAAUCUUGCAACAUUUUAUUGAUAUGACAUCUGUCACUGUAUCCAAGCUGUUUGAAAAGCACUAUAAUCAGAUGGAAAGAUCUUUAAAAAAAUGAUACCAAUGUUCAAAGAACCAAGGGCAUUGGUUCGCGGCUGCUUUUGCUUUAGUCAUUGUUUGUGGCCAGUCGUUGUCGUCGGACAGCCGCUUGCUGCCGUCCGAGCCGCGCCAACCUCCCGCUACGACUACCGUCGGUAUCGGACGGAGCGUGUGUCCCGCCUUACUUCUAUCUACUUCUCUAGUCUACCUAUUGGCAUUUUUAUACACAUAUGUGGAUAUACCUACACGGAACUUGUAAAACAUUAGGUUGGAUAUUGUUUCAUGGUAAUUGUUACACUUUUAGUAUAGUCCUAGCGGUACACCCCUAAAUUUAGCAAAAUGCUGAAAAUUUUGUUAAAAGCAUGGAAAUCGGCACGAUUGAUCUUUAGGCCAUUUGAAUCAAUUUGACCCGUAGAACCUAAACAGAGCACAAAAGGAUAGGAGUUAUGACGUGUUUUUUUUGUUUGUAUGGGAUUUAGAAAAUAUUCACAUUAAUUUUUUAUUUUUCAUAAUUACAAAGUGUGAUAAUACCCUGUCGAAUUGCUCAAAACUAGUAUAAUGUGAUUCGGAUAAAAUAAGAGUAUUGAAACUUGGUUUACAUGUUCCUUUAUAUGUAGCUUUAAGGGGGGACGUUAAAUGUGAGUUGUUCAGUUAAUUUUUACAUAGACACCGCUCCACGUUGGCAGAGAAGCGGGUCCCCCAGUUUUACUAAAUAAUAAUUUGAUGCUUUCUUUUUAAAUGUUUAAUUGAUAGAUCACACUUUGUAAUUAAAUGUAAAUAUUUUUAAAAUGUGUUUUUUUUUCUUAGGGUUAGAUGUAAUAUUAGGUAUAUUUUGCAAAAAAAAGAAAUUGAACGUAUCGUAUCUGGAGGAACCCAAACUUGGUGUAUUUUUUUAUUCUAAUCAUUAAACAAUACUGAAAUGUAUUAAUGUGAUAUAUUUUUAGGAUCGACUCAUAAAGCCCUUUCAUUUAAUUUACCACACACGAUACGUUUCAGAACAAAAAAAAAGUUUUUCUCAUAAAAAAAAGAUGACGUCAUAACUCCUCUGCAUUUUUUAUUUUCUUUUGGUUCUACGGGUCAAAUUGAUUUAAACGACCUAAAGAUCAAUCGUACCGACUUCCAUGCUUUUGACACAAUUUGCAGCGUCUUUGGCGUACCGCUAGCACUAGUAAACAUAAGAAAGUUAGUGGAAGUAUUGUGCAGCUGAAGUGUGCCUCAAAUCGAUGUUGUACUUUUAGGGCCUAAAAUUAUGUUGGCGUUUAACUGCAGCCAGCGAGAUAUAGGUACGACGACUUCUUACGUGGUAAAUAAAACGGCCCUAUAAAAAAAGCUUUUUUUUACGAGGAAUUUGUCACGUUGUUUGUAUUGAAACAAUAAGUAGAAAGGCGGCACUGGCACCCGUAUCGAAUGCGUGGGCUCGACUUAGCUUCUGCCUCGAAAACUUUACUCGAGCCUACCGGUAGACGCUUCGCAUUCAGUAUUGUGUAAAUGCCAAGAUCUCGUCAAGAUGUUGCAAGGUCGCCGGUCGUGGGGUGUGGUCGUGGUGGUAUAUCUCGCUGGCCGCGCUUGUAGAGGUUUAACAGGUCGGGCUCUGUCGGCGCGCGAGGCUGAAGGUUGUGAACUUGUGAAUAAAUGUUGCACAUAUUAUAGGCAUUAGGCACAUAAACACAUUUACUUGCCAUAAUAUAUACAAUUAUUGUUUGGAUCUCAGAACUGACUUUGUAGUUUUCUAUACGGAGAAACACAAUUUUUAACUAAGUAGUUAAAUAAGUUUACAUGAUGUACACUUUAUACACUCAGCCCAAGAAUUUACUAAGCGGGCGAGGUGUUCAAAAUAAUCUGAGCAUAACUUAAGUAUUAAUUAAGCAAGAAGUGGGUCUCAGCCGCUUAGUUAGUUUUGCAGCUACUUGUGUGGCUUCUGUUUAAUAUGACCAGGUCUGGGACGCGGACAGAGUUUACAUCAUUUCGGAAACUUUAUCUAUUGAUAGUGAAAAUUUAUAAAUGGUUAGCUUUUGUGGGCAUAUUGCGAAAUAAAAAUGCAUUUGCAAGAG